UGAUAGUAACGAAUGUGGAAUAUUGUUAGAGGAAAACAUUCGAUGGCGCGCUUUUAAUCGCAACGCAAGUAAACGGAGUAAAGUAAAAAUGCUAACCGGCAGUGUGUCAGUGCAUUAUAAAAGUAAGAUACCUCAGUGCUUUGCAAAUUCCUCAAAAAUAAUUGAAAUCAGCUCACGGUUAUUUAAUUAAAAAUAUAAACAUUUUAUAAAUUUUUCUUGAAAAAACUGUAAAAAAAAAACAAAUACAAAUUGAGCAAUGAAAUUCUCCCUAGCACUUCUGCUAACCUUUUGCUUUGUAUACAGAGAGGCGCCUGCUAUUAUUUUCAAUCAAAUGGAUAUAAAAAGUCUCUUAACCAGCGGAGCUUUGGAUUUAAAUGUGUUACGAUGUUUUCUACACAAUAAGAAUAUAUGUCCAAGCCCUUAUAUAAUGUACCGUUUGUAUGCUCCGAAAUCAUCUCGUCAUGGAAUUGCUCUGAAUAUACAUAAUCCCUUAACUCUAUUCAAAGGAGAUUUUAAUCCACAUCGGGAAACAGCAUUUAUUGUACACGGUUUCAAUGGUACCGCAGUUGAUGUGCAUUUGCAGUUUCUAAAAGAUGCAUAUUUAUCUCGUGACUUUAAUGUUAUCACUGUAGAUUGGCGGCCAUUGACACGCUAUCCAUGCUACUUACAUGCUUUGAUUAACACCCGCUUGACCGCCCAAUGUACUGCGCAGGUUUAUUCGUUCCUCACGCAUCAUGGGGCAGCUCGUGAAAAAAUCACGUGCAUUGGUCAUUCCCUUGGUGCCCAUAUUUGUGGUAUGAUUUCCAACCAUUUAUCGAUAAAACAGCAUCGUAUUAUCGGUCUUGAUCCCGCACGACCACUCAUCGAACGUAAAAAAAAUCACAUCUUCAGAUUAUCCAUAGAUGAUGCAAGUGUUAUACAGGUGAUUCACACCAAUGCAGGUUUCUUGGGGCAGGAAGAAAAUAUAGGUCAUCUGAAUUAUUGCAUUAAUGGUGGCAGAUUUCAACCAUUUUGCAAGGGAAAUCCUAUAAGACGUUCCCGUUGUUCGCAUUUCUUAAGUAUUUGCUUCCUCGCCAGUGCUAUGUUCAAACAUAAAAAAUUUGUUGGCGUUUCCUGCCCAAAUGGCUGUAAAGAAGGAUCUCAACAUAUUCCGGUUAGUGCGAAAAAUCCUUUUGGAGUUGUUACAAAAACGGAAGAAUAUAAUAUUGGCAAUGAUGCCCCUGACGACGCGAGAGGUUGCUACUGCAUCGACAUGCCGUUUGUAAAACAUUGCCCGUUCAAUGACUAGAAUUCGGUACAAUCAUCGAUGUGUGCAUGUACAUAUACAUAUAAUAUUAUAUUUAAGAUAAUUGUAUGGAAGUAAGAUUUUAAUAACGUUUUUUAUUUAAUAAUUUACAUUAAUUACUGUAAACUAAGGAUAGUAAUUUUGCAGGAAUGCAGCUAUAAGAAGUAAAUAUAAGCAAUUCUAAGUACAGAAAAAAUUUACAGAUAACAUUUAGAUAUAAUUUCAAAACAAAAAAAUCUUGAAUACCUACAUACAUAAUAUAAAAAAAUAAUAUAAUAAUUUAUAUACUACUACAUAUCGUCACCUGAAAUGCAAAAUAACUAAACAUCACUUUUCGUAGGUUUACAGGAGAAGCAAAAAACCGUAUAAAAAGAAAACCAUUUGAGAUAUUGAAACAAAAUUUUCAAAUCUAAAUUAACAUGACACUAUAGGUAUAUUUUAGAAAAAAAAAUAAAGAAAAAUUUAGGCAAAUUUUAUAAUAGGUGUCUUACGUUAUUUUGAAUUUUCAUUUCUGCAUCAA